CUUUUUUUAAUGAGGCUUACGUAUCGGUCGUCCGGACUGGGCGCAUAGCGUUACAUUAUCUCGGAUUUUUUCUUGAAACUGUCUGGUUUUGUCGUUUAUAUGUUCCAAUUCUUCAUGGAAAAACUGUUUUGCGUUUAAUAGUGUGCUUUUCGCGAGAUUGUGGUAUGCGCCAGUGCGUGACGACCGAGGCGAGAUCACCGAGUCUGAUUCACAUUAAUUAUGUGAACGGUGACGAACCAUUUUAAGUGCGCGAUAACACGCCCGUUGUUCUCGGACAUCCAGAACAUUUUAUUAUUAGCUUGUGAAGAACUGUAAUGCGAUGCAUACGAGCCGCUAAUAUAAAAUCAAUACUGACUGAAGUGUUAAUCAUUACCCUGAUGUGAACUGGAUUUUUUUACCCUAACGCAUUAAUUAUUCGUAAAUGUUUAUUCCAAGCAGUGCCAUUUCAUUUUCUGACUACAGUGUGUAUCUUAAAAAUAUUUUUAACAAAAUCAUGAACUUCGCGGUCGUUUUUGAAUGUAGUGCGUGGCGCGUACACUAGGCGGCGCUGCUAACAUAAAGACUUCGUGCGCUUGCGUGAGCUCAGUCCGCGCGAGCUUCGCGUCGUUGCAGUAGGUUCCAAAACAAGAGCGUAGGGCUCAGUGGGAGUCCUAGAAAUAAUAAAUUCAAAUAAUCCUUGUGCUUGCAAAAGUGUCGCAGUGCAGUGUGUCAGUGUUGUGUUGUUUGGUGGUAGUGAAGCGGAGCGGAGCGUUCGGCUCCGGCGUGUCGGCGCGGAUCGAUAAAACGAGCUGGUAUGGCGCAGAGGUCAUGAGCCAGGGUGGCUCAAGAAGGCCCUAUUCGCGCGGGGGCCCGCGCUGGCACCCGCGCUACAAGGACUACUGGGACUACGAACAAAACUAUAGCGAUGGCAGCAGCGCAGGCAGUCCAAAAGAGGCGUGCGUGGCGGCGUCCCCGCCCCCUGCGCCGGCGCCGGUGAAGCGCGACGUGCGCCACCACCACCCCCACUCCCACCCCCAGCAUGUGCAGCACCAGCCCCACGGACAGCACGUUCAGCACCCACAGCAUAUGCAUCAUGAACAACAUUCAAGGCCGCUUAGUAUUGGCGGCGGAGCGGGCGGGUCUCGGCGCGCCGAGCGUCGGGCCGCCGGUCCCUCCGAAAGACGCCGCACAGAGAUGCGCGUCAGUCCAGGAGGUGCCGGUCCUUCAGCAGAUCCUCCACAUAUGAUGCAUCACCACCAUAUGGACACCAAUCCUCUGGAAGGCUCAGUGGAGUCCAUGGUGAGCGGUGCGGGCUCCUCGGAUGGGGAGCUAUCCUCCAAAGCUGGAGACAGCCCCAGCAGAAAGCGGAGACGGAUCUCCAGACAUUUGUCUUCAGGGGAGAGUAACGUGUCAGUUUCCGCGCCGGCCGUCGAACGACGUACGCCCCGACACCAUUACCAACCUCCCCGGCGGAUGCGAUACGUGGGUAACGGUGCGGGCACGUGGGCGGAGAGGCUGAUAGAGCCUCAUGCUCAUCCCGCACAUCCCGCGCAUCCCGCACACCCCGCGCAUCCCGCGCAUCACACACAUCAUACACAUCACGCACACCCUCACCAUACGCCGUUGCUACUGGAUAUCAAUCAGAUGUCAGUCCGCGGCACCCGGCUGGGCGCGCUGGGCGGCGUGGGCUGGCACCACGCGCAACACGCGCAGCACGCGCCUCACGCGCGCGACCACGCUCAGCGCACGCAGGUGACCGCGGCCGGCGUUGGAGCGCCCGAGCUCUGGGGCGCCGCCGUCCUGCCGCCAUUGCCACACCUGCGCUAUCAGAUGGGCGGCGUGUACGCCGGGCUCCAGUACCACGGGAGCUUCGCCCCGCCGCCUCCGCCCCGAGGUCCCUUCGCGUCGCCGCCACAUCCGCACACACAUUACAUCACCAAUUCCCAGCGCGCUGAAGGCGGUCGGAUAGAGAUGGUGGGAGGUGGCGAAGGCACUCUCUCGCCCUUACAGCCGGCCACCGACCUGCAUCAUGCGCCCUUAUUACUUGCCACUGAGGCGCGAGGAGCUCCCAUAGAGCUGAUGGCGCCUCACCACGCUAGGCACGCCCUCUCCCAUCAUCACCACCGUCGCAGUGGAGGAGGUGUGGGAGUGAAUGUGGGAGGCGGAGUUGGUGUUGGAGUGGUAGGAGGAGGGUCUCGAGCGCGGCCCUACGUUCGUCACGCCGCGCGUUGGCCGCACCAUCCCCUGCAUCACAUACACACGCAGGAGGGUUUUUUAGCGGAGGGGGAGGAAUCAUCCAAUGACCACCGGGAUAUGGAGCGAGGUGGAGAGUCAGAUUUGCAAUUCAAAGUGGUGAAUAAGAAGACAGAUCGCCUGAUGGUGUUCUUAAACCUCCUGGCCAUGUUCCCUCUAUCCCCCUACGCGGAAGCAAGGGGCGCCGGCGGCGAAGAAGGCGCAGAAUCAACAGAACCUGAAAACUACGAAGCCCUGCUAUCAUUAGCGGAGCGUCUAGGCGAGGCGAAGCCCCGAGGCCUAGCUCGCCACGAAAUCGAAGCCCUACCCAGCUACAAGUUCGCCGCGGCGACGCAUCGUGGCGAGCAGACUAGCUGUGUAGUUUGUAUGUGCGAGUUCGAAGCCCGGCAGUUGCUCCGUGUACUACCGUGCGCUCACGAAUUCCACGCCAAAUGCGUCGAUAAGUGGCUCAGGUCGAACCGGACCUGUCCCAUAUGCAGGGGCAACGCCUCGGAGUACUUUAGCAAUACCGAGUGA